UGCGAGAUUCAUCGGCGAAAUCAGUCCAGGGGAUCCUGCGGGGCAGCAUUGCUCAAUUUGGGCACUUUGAGGAAUGCCUCACUGCCAAAGCUCCAUUCCCUACUCAAUUUUGUAUGGCAACCGUAUCGGCAAACGUGCCAGAGCCCAACAAUCCACGGGAUCCCAAAUCGCUGAUUUAUGGCUUAAACGACACUGUCAUCAGCAAAAUUUACGAUAAGAAAGAUCCGGCCCAACAGCCGGAAAAUGCGGUUUUGCUCGGCUGGUGCAUACCAGCCUCAUGCAAACCUUCCGAUCUACAAGAAUACCUAAACGAGUAUCUAUCGAAUGCAGUUACAGCCCUGACAAAAGAGAAUGUCACUUACUCAUCGCAAAUUAUCGAGCAAAGUUGCCAAACAGAUCUAAAUCAUAGGAAUUGGGACCAUCUGGAUAUAUCUUUCCUGUAUGUAUUAGUCCGAAGUCAAUAACCAUAGCCAUCAGAAGAUGCUAACGUUUCGCUAGCAUAUGCAGGAAAGUCUUCACUUCGGGCGACCCAAUAUAGCCUCUGAAGAUGCUAGCUACUCGUGCUAUCGAAACGUUAAAUUAGGACUAAAUUCCUUCAGACAGCGGCCUAAUAAAUGUGUCCCCCGAAGCGAAUACUCUUUCGAACCAGCGAAAACCGGCAAUUUUUCAACUUUCAAAAAUGUGCUCCAUCGAGCAUAUAGCAAUA